UAUAUAAAGCCAACCACGCACAAAUAAAGAAGUGGUCCCAAUGAAAGCUAGCCACGCACCCUUGACGCGUAUGUUAAACUAUAUAAAGGUCUUAGCCUUCCAUUAGCUCGCAUAUUCACAGCGAUCACCACCUGCUAGGGGUAGCAACAAUUGACUGCCAGUUACGAGGAGAGAGGGAAAACAAAAAAAAGGAAAGCAUAGGUCAUUUACAAAGUAGCGGAACACGAAUCACAGGAUCAAGGCUGCGCGCAUUGGUGUUGGUUGGUUGGUCCAAUGGAAGCAGGAACAGCAAAACCAAUGGAGCUCUCCAUUAAUCUCCAGGGAGGAGACAUUAACGUCGCCCUCAUCCUGGGGGUAACGGGACUCGUAGGGAAAGAGAUUGCAGCCAUCCUGAAGAGAAGAGGAUGGAAAGUGUAUGGCGUCGCUCGGAGAAACCUGCCUUCUCCGGACUGCAUCUUCAUCCCCUGUGACCUUCUAGACCGGAAGGAGACGAUGGACAAGUUGUCCCAAUUACAGGACGUUACCCACAUCUUCUGGGUUACUUGGUGCAGCGAGUUCUCCGCGGAUUCCCAAGAAGGGUGUGCGCAGAACGAAAGCAUGAUAGCCAAUGCCCUGGACGCGGUGCUUGGUGCAGCCAAGUCACCGAAGCAUUUUUCGCUGCAAACAGGAACGGCCCACUACUUAUCUGUGGGUGGCCACGACGUUCGGAGCGACGGCGAUCAUAGUGAUGAGGACGGUGAGACAUCGAACGUGACAGCGAUAAUCAGCAAGAGGGCCACGACUGCAGAUGGCGUCGACUACUCCUACUAUUACGAUGAGGAGAGUCCCCGACCUGCCAACCGCAUCAACUUCUACUACACGCUGGAGGAGGUGGCGAGACAGAGACUAUCAGGCAAAGUCGGAUGGUCGGUGCAUCGCCCGGGCCUCUUGAUGGGCAACUCCCUGAGGACCGAACUGAACGUGAUGGGGAGCCUGUGCGUCUACGGCAGCGUAUGCAAGCACCUGGGCCUGCCUUUUCUGUUCGGCGGCAGCAGGCAAUGCUGGGAGGAGGCCUGCUUGGACGCGUCGGACGCCAGAUUGGUGGCAGAGCAGCAGAUCUGGGCGGCAACCGCAGGACCGAAGCUGCAGCAGCGCGAAGAUCCAGAUCGAGGCAGCGAAGAGGGCGCCUUGGUGCUUAUGGACGGCGAAGCCUUCAAUGUUGUCAAUGGCUCUCCCUUCACGUGGAAGGAGGUGUGGCCCGCUCUGGCGGCCAAGUUCGGACUGGCCGCACCUGCGGGGCGUGGAGACGAUCCCUUCUUCUCGGAGGAGUUCUCUUAUGUGAAGGCGAUGGGUGAUAAGGGUGUGGUGUGGGAGGAGAUCGUGCAGAAGAACGGGUUGCUCCGGACGAGGAUGGAGGAGCUCGCGAACUGGGGGUUCUUGGACUCCCUCUUCCGGAUGCCCUUCAAAUUGCUGGUGAGCAGGGAGAAGUCGGACCGCCUGGGCUUCACCUCCACCUGCAACACCCUCACUUCCAUCCUCUAUUGGGUGGAUUGCAUCAGGGACGACAAAGUGGUGCCCUGAGCCAACUCCUGCGGCCACUUGGAAGCUCUGUCAAAAUGAAUCUGUCUGUCGCACACGGUUGCUCUCUCUCGCUCUUUUCCUUCAUUGCUCAAAAACGCCGACAGCAUUGAGCCGAUAUCUCCCGUUUAAUUGUGGUGGAAGCAAAAGUAUUAACGGGGACGCUGCGCGGGCGAGAAAGCGAAUUGCUCAAGUCCCUUCCACCACACGGGGACAGCUCAACCGACAUUCCCCCGUUGAGAAAAGGACUACAAUGAUGACGCCACGUCUCAACCCAAACAUCCAACUCUCUACGUUAACUUUAUUGGCCUUUGUAUUACUAUUAUUAUAUUAUCAUCAUAAGUAACAGAACGGUACUACAUACAUGAAACUCUAUAUCAAAGCUAACUAUGUUUCAUCUAA